CACUGAUAGGUGGCACUGACUGGCAUCACUGCUGGGCACUGACUGGUGGCACUGCUAGGCAUUGACUGGCACAACUGCUGGGCACUGACUGGCACAACCACUGGGCACUGACUGGUGGCACUGACUGGCAGAACUGCUGGGCUGCACUGAUGGGCACUGGUGGGUGUCACUGGUGGGCAGAGGUGGAUGGCACUGGUGGGCACAUGUGGGUGGCACUGCUGGGCACAGGUGGGUGCACUGCUGGGCACAGGAGGGUGCACUGCUGGGCACAGGUGGGCGCACUGCUAGGCACAGGUGGGUGGUACAGGUGGGCGCACUGCUGGGCACAGGUCGGCGGAACUGGUGGGUGGCACUGCUGG